AAAUUAAGUUAUACUUGAAUGAUGGGAGUGAAAAUCCUAAAAGUUCGCACAAGCCAAAUAUAUAUACCCAGUUCCAUUCAGUUCUGUUCCCACUUCCAAAUGGUACCAAGGCCCUACAGAAAACCCAAAGGGGGUCUGUAAUAAGCCGAGGAAGAUGAGUCGCCGGAAUGAUGACGUGGCAGGUAGUCCAGUGAUCAAUGACAUUACCGAUGCUUUCUUGUGGAGCGCAACUAUCGGUGCUACCAAAGCUGCUGCGGAGGGUACUUACUAUGCCAUCCAAAGAGGGAGCGUUUCAAGUCACGACUUUGAGUGCACUUUAAAGAGAAUGGGUGAAGAAGGUGUAUACUGGGGAACUACAGCUGGACUUUUUGUGACGACAGAGUAUGGGCUAGAGAGCGUGCGUGGCAGAAGUGACUGGAAGAAUACCUUGAUUGCGGGUGCAGUGACAGGGGCUGUGAUGUCUGCUGUGAAUAAGAACAACAAGGACAAAAUUCUGACGGAUGCAAUUGUUGGAGGUGCCGUUGCAACUGCUGCGUCUUUCGUUAGAAACUUUAGAACUGGUAAGUAGGUUUUUAGUGUCAACUUUUUUAUUUUUUAUUUUGGGUGAAAAGAAUGACUUGGUUCUCCAGUAUUUCUUUUUUGAUCUGAAACUUGGCUCUUCAGCUAAGCUACUGAAUGUUGAUUAAUGGGAUAUGAAUCAUCAAAUAUUUGUUGUUGAGC